GCAGAGCGCGCGCGCAUAAAGGGGCGCAGGCUGUCCCCGCGGCUCGUGCGGGCUCGUGAGCUCGGUUCGGUGUGUUCUGGGUGGGUUUGAGGCGGGUUCUGGUUCUGCUGAGCUGAAAUGAGCUCGAGAAAUGGGAUUAUUAUUACAGGAAGGGUAAAGUGAGAGAGUUUAGCCGCACUGAGGAGAAGCUAAUUUUAACCCUGUAACACUAUCCGCUGCGGGGACACUGUCUACUGCUGGGACACUGUCUACUGCGGGGACACUGUCUACUGCUGGGACACUGUCUACUGCGGGGACACUGUCUACUGCUGGGACACUUACUGAGGUUUUUUAAGGUCAGCCAUGCCUGUCCCUCCCCCUCCCCCACCCCCAGCACCUCCACCACCUCCACCACCAGCUCAGCUACAGUCACUCCCAGACCCUGUUAAAGCCCCGCCCUCAGAAGGGGGCGGGCGCAGUGCUCUGCUGGCGGAUAUACACAGAGGAAUGCGUCUGAAGAAGGUCUCUCAGGUGAACGACCGCAGCGCACCUGUCUUCCACUCUCCCAGUAAAGCGAGUGGUGUGGACGGUGGUGGGAAUAAUGGGGGGAGUUCUGGGGGACUCCCGGCACAGGGACCCACUCUGAGUGGGCUGUUCGCUGCAGGAUUUCCUGUCCUCAGACCGGUGGGACAAAGAGACAAGAUCCAACACCACAGUCCAGUGUCUCGAUCUGGUUCUUCUGCAAGUCUGAAGCAGCCCCUGUGGAACGUCCCGUCUCAGGGGGACAGUUUACGGCGCAGCACCCCCGACCUGUCCCCGUCCCACAGAGCGCUAGAAAGAACCGCCUCUUUAACUAAACCACGCCCCGCCUCCUCCUACACGGCCCCGCCCUCCCCCAGCCAGCCAGCUCCGCCCAGCCUUAAACCUCCAAGCCCCGCCCCCUCCACCAUGCCCCCGCCCCCUCCUCCGCCCCCACUCUCACUCUACCCCGAACGCUCCACCUGCAGACCCCCGCCCCUCCCUACCUGCCCGCCCCCCCCUCCCCCGCCCCAGAUCACCAAACCCACCUGGCUCCCUGUCCAAUCACACUACAUCCCCAUGCCCACGACUCCGCCCCCUCCUCCUCCACCCUCCGUCCCUCCGUCCGCGCUCCCUCCUGAUAGGUCGCCCGGGUUCUUCUACGCCCCGCCCCUUUCUCCAGGUGUGUUGGACGUGAGGUUCGGGAGCUUCAGGGACGCUCAGGGUCAGUUAGGAUCUCCUCCUCCACCUCCUCCACCCCCCCUACCUGCUUCAUUCUCCCCCAGUCUUCCCUCCUCCCUCCCCCCGACUCCGCCCCCUCUGCCCCCUAAAGUACCCGCCGUGCCCCCGCCCACCUACAGACCCGCAGUGCCCCCUCUGCCCCCCUCCUACCCCUGUACUGCACCCAGCCGGAGACCCCCCGCCAUACCCAGGACUGCAGCAGGUGCUGGACGUUUGGCUCCUCCCCCUGCCCCGCCCGCUCGCUCUCCUACAACUGAAUUAUCCAGCAGAAUCCCGCCUCCUCCUCCACCUCUUCCUCCAGCUCCGCCCAGCUCCAUCAGGAACGGACACCUUUACAGCCUUGAUGACUUUGAGUCUAAGUUUCAGUUCCACCCGAUCGAGGACUUCCCUCCUCCUGAAGAGUUCAAACCCUUCCCCAGAAUUUACCCCAGCAAAGAGAACCGAGUGAUAUCCCAGCUUCCUGGAAUGAGAAGCUACAUGAGAUGAUGUGGACGGAUGCCUCGUGUGGUGCUAAUCUUCAUCAGACCCCUUCACUGAUGAAGACAACGGUCUGAACCAUCUUCAAAUCAUCUUCAGCUGAUCUCUGACACUGUGAGCAACAUCACCUCAGACUCGUACUUUUCAUUGUUCAAUGAAAAGCAUCAUCUCAAUGCUGACCAAAGCCUCAGAUCUUGUCCUGGAACAGCCCUCGCGUUCCUGUUCGACCUCCAUAUUUCUUUACGGACAUGUAGACGUCUCCUCAACAUCACUAAACUGUGUGACAACUAAUGUUUUAUUGUUCUAAUGAUGUAUGUGUCUGUUUGCCUGUUUUUAGUAUAUAACUAUUAAAAAGGCAUCUAUAAAAGAUCAUUCAAAAUAUUAUCACUAUUUUACACCCUUUACAAGGCGCGUCUCAAUGCUCAUUGCUAUCUUACACAUUGCCAACAGUGUAUUUUCACUCCUUCCUCCUGCCUGGUUUAAAUAGCAGCAGAGCUUCUGAAUAUAUCUACACUGAUGGGCGUGGUGUUCUGAUUAUGAAAUGAGGUGUGUUCAGGUACAUUUCUGGAGUUUUAUCUUGUUUAUCUUGGCAACAGAAAACACAGGAGCUCCACUGACUGAAUACAACCUAGACAGACGCCAACAGCCAGACGUUCAUUGCUAUCUUGGCAUUGCUUUUCCCGUAAAUGAGCUGCUGGAGCUCCUUCACAGCGUCAACCAGCAGCUCAGUUUCCUCUGCUGAGAAGAGUUUGUUGGACACGUCCAGGUAGCUGCACCGUUAAAAUAGCAAUCCACCAAAAUCAGAGCUCACGUGACUCUUAAAGGGAAUGAUGAGCAAGAGACACUCUGAUUGGCUUAUUUCAGGUUACGCCCAAAAUUAAACACCCAUGAUUUUUUGUGCAUAUAGAGUCACACAAGUUGUACUUUUCCUGCCGUUACGAUAGCAAAGACAUUCAGACACGCCCUAAAUCAAGUUGAAUUUUGCACAGUUGAAACGCUCGACAAUAGAUCUCUAAAACAGGGUCCUGAAAGUUCAAAUUUUUGUGUAUUUUUAGACAAGAAACUUUAUUUUUUCGAAAGAAAACUUUAUUUUUAAAGUCGAGGACUAAUAAUAACCACAUAGACUAACUGAGAAUAUUGAGAAUGGCACAAAUAAAACCAGACAAAGGACUUUUAUUUUGUAUACUAUCAGUAUACAAUAGACUGUUUGUGUGAUAGUGUGUGUGAGUGUGUGUGCAGCUUUUUUGUCUCAUGUGUCUCAUAAAAUAUAUAUAUUUUACAAUACAUUCGACUUUCUGUUUGUUCUGAGUUUCUGUAAGACUUUAUUUGGAUGGUUGUUGGUGGUGCAUUGUGAAUUUUUUAAACUAUCAAUAAACAAAUUUAAUAUUUCUUUAAUACAGCAGAACUUUAAGUUAUAUUUAAAAUACCAUAUUUUUACAGUAUAAGGUGCACUUAAAAUCUUUCCCUUUAACUUUCCCAAAAAUCAUCAGAGCUCCUUAUAAUCUGGUGCUUCUUAUGUAUGAAUUCUACCAGUCAGGUAUUAAGGCGCAGUAAAGUAGCAUUAGCAUUAGCCGCUAACCACACUAGCUUUUUCUCUUUUACCAUUCAGAGGUGAAUAUAUUGGACUGUAGUCUGUGUGUUUACCGUGUUAAAACAAGCUACGUGGUAAGAACCGCUAGCUAAUAUUGCCCUGGCUCACCAGAACACGCUGUGUGUAUCGCUGUUGACUUGCAUUUACUAGUGGUUAGCCGCUAAUGCUAAUGCUGCUGCACCCAGCCUUAGUGGAAAUCUGGAAAUGUUAGCUUACUGUAAAUAGACAGAAGCACUUUACUUACCCAAAUAAACAGUUUUCAGGAGAGAAAUGUGUGUAAAUUAACAUCCAGAGCUUGUUUAACUUAUAUAAUGCACCUUAUAAUGCAAAAUAUACGUUAUUCUUUAUGGAAUAUAAUGCUAUAUAUUAAAACUUCCACUUUUUGGGGUUGUUUUAUGGUUAUAGAGAGUAAAUAGAGAACUUGAAUUUCUUGUCUCUUAAAGUGUUUGAGAGCAUCAGUUAAAGUAAAGUAGUGAAGAGGUAGAGUUACAGGUAUACAGUGAAUAGUGAAUAUUUCAGUAAUGUUCUA